AUGUCAGGCCUUGUCAAACCUCUGCCGGCUUUAUACGUCGUUUACGUCCUGCGCUCAACAGUGAGGCCCGGCUCGAUAUACAUUGGAUCCACGCCAAAUCCCCCCAGGCGGUUGAAGCAGCACAAUGGCGAGGCCAAGGGCGGCGCAGUGCGCACAUCGCGCGAUAGUCUUCGUCCUUGGGAGAUGAUUGUGUUGGUUUCUGGAUUCCCGAGCUCGACGGCAGCCCUCAAGUUCGAUCAGGACGCCCACAAGGCCUGGAAUGACCGGAGCGAAGCAAGAGAGACUCCCACCACCUCAAGCCCGAAGAUAUUGACCGACUUUGGCCCGUCUGCAGGGGAUGCGUCGGCGACGUCGUGGGGGAUUCACGCUCUGGCGUUGGAUUACUCUCCGAUGAGAGACUACAUUGAGAAAGCCCACAAUGUGACAUCGUUUGAGAGGCAGGGGCAAUGCAUUCACUGCCGUAAAGAGAUGCAGCCUGAGCAAGGCUUAUACGCAAUGUGCCCUAACGACGGCUGCGAGGCAAUGGGGCACGUCGACUGUUGGAGCAAGCAUGCGCUGGCGGGUGAUGAGCCCGGUGCCAUUAUUCCGACUGGCUGCAAGUGCCCAGCAUGUAGCGGCGAAAUACGAUGGGGGGACAUGAUGAAGGAGUUGAGUCUGCGGACGCGUGGAACAAAAGAGGUGGAGAAGCUGCUGAGGAAGAAGAAGCGGACAAAGAAGGACUCGUGA